AUCAGGCCACCCCUAACAGUCUGGUUGGUGUAGGAUGUGCAGCGCACAUAGUGCACAGUGCAGUUCAGUCUGCAGCAGACUGCACCUGGCACCUUCCUGAGAAAGCUGUGUGGUUCCAGUAGCUCUUUUGUUAGUCUUGACCAUCUUUUAGGCAUGCUGAACAACGAGUGACUUGGUGAAUCGUCUUAACGCAGGACUUAGGAGCCGUCUUGCGUCAACGGCGUUGUCAUCAACCAAUGAGCAUUAGGUUACACAGACAUGUGACAAAGUUGAGCUAAUGUCACUAUGACAACUUUCUGAUUGACAUACAAACAACCCAGUGACAAUUAGUUCUGUGAACUAUGAGCAAUUAGUUCAAAAUCGGGACACUUGGGACCAAGGCUGGGUGAAAUCGGGACAACAUAACUGGUUGAUGCAGUGUGAAACCUGGACAAACAAUGUGGCCUUGAGUCCACGGGUUCCAAAAUGAAUCUUGUCAUCAGGUUGAAAGAGCAGAUGAAAAGUCGCAGUGCUUUUGACAAGGUCUUUUCAAAAGUGUGGGGUGCAUCUGGUGGCUGGGCAGUUAUAAUGUGCCCCUGUGGAAUCAUGAAUUCUAUCACGCUCAAUGUGAGGGCAGAAAGUACGAGGGACUAUUGUGAUAUGUUGCUAUCAUUUAAGCACUUUCCUAAUGCAGUCAUAUUUGAUUUUGCAAGAGGUUUGGCCACGCACACAAACCUGCGUGAACCUUUAAAAAUCCCCUUUAUGCCAAAUGAAGGCAGACUUGCUGAUGCCACACCAGAAAACCUUCAGUCUGCCCAGAAAGGUGAUCUGAAAGUAAACCUGCCAUGGUUGAAGGUUAAAAAGCAGCAUGCAGACAGCAAUGCACACCCCUCUACAGGUUCAGCUGCACACUAUGCUCUGUAUGACACUUUCCACGAGGCCAACACCAGAGAAGUAAAAGACUGCUUGAGCAAAAUUUCACUGUUACUCGAACUGCACGGUUGGGUGAAUUCUCAAGUAGCAGAGCAGUUGUUCUCCAAAAUGAGGAAGAAUAACUACUUUCUAAAUAUGAUGUCUCCAGGGAGCCAUAUCUUUCUCAUGCGCGCUAUCAUUCAUCAUCACAAUAUGUUGAAUGAGAAGACCCUGGCCGACAUUCAUAAAAUAUCAUCAGCAGAUAUCACACUGGAUUCAUCUGGAAAGGCCGUAAUGGGUGUGUAAUUUAAAAUAAACAGUUAAGAAUGUUUAAUGUAAUGUAUGCACAGCUAUAUUUAUGGUUAAAUUAUAAUUUCUAGAAACUACACUUUUUCUGAGCGGAACUCCACUUCCAGCAGAUCCCAAAGGUAGUUGGCCAUCCUUUUGUGGAAAGUCAUCUAUAUAAAUGGUUUGUUAGACAAACAUGUCUCAUGAGCAGGACGUCAUGAUGUUCUUUAUUUAAAUACAGUGCAAUUGGAUCUCGUGAACAUUAACCAGUGUUCGAGGAAAUGUGAGGCCAUAACAGCCAUUUCAUUUCUAAAGCCCUGCAGAACUUCAUGGACUAUAAAGGGUCAUCAUUCACUGCAGGAGCAGCUGGUAAACAGAUAUUUCUGCAUACUGUCAUUAUUGUUAACUUUCAAUUCAAUUCAAUUCAAGUUUAUUUAUAUAGCGCCAAAUCACGACAAGAGUCGUCUCAAGGCACUUCACAUAAUAAACAUUCCAAUUCAGGUCAGUUCAUUAAGCCAAUCAGAAAUAAUGUUUCCUAUAUAAGGAACCCAGCAAAUUGCAUCAAGUCAUUGACUAGUGUCAGUGACUUUACAGCAAUCCUCAUACUAAGCAAGCAUAAAGCGACAGUGGAGAGGAAAACUCCCUUUUAACAGGAAGAAACUCCAGAGAAUCCUGGCUCAGUAUAAGCAGCCAUCCUCCACGAGUCACUGGGGAUCGAGAAGACAGAGCACGCACGCACACACGCGCACACACGCACACGCACACACACACACACGCACACACACACAAAGACAAGUAAUGUGUCUAUAGUUAUAUUGUGAUGUCUUAGUAAAUAUUCUAUUUGGUGAGAGAUAAACUUUAUUGUAUUUAUCCUAUUUGAUCUAUAAUUAAACGGAUAAACUAGUAGUAGCACAUCCAACGUCAAGGAAAGCAAAAAGUUAUUAUCAGGAGAGGGAGAAAGUUUUAGUGGUUAGCAACAGUGUGCUAGACGAUGGCUCCCUCCAUGAGGUCACCACAGCUCAGCAGAACAUCGUUGUAGCUUCUUCUGGGGAGAAAAACACUUAGCCCUCCCUUCGCAUCUCCUCUCCCUCCCUUGUGCCUUGGUCUGCCUGAGUGUUAGUGGCAACCGGGUCUGGGGGUUUAAGAUUUUGGCAUCUGCCUGAUAGAUCCUGGUGGCUGCCUUGUGGGGUCUGGGU